AUGUUUGAGCGACAUUAUGGACCAUUGGAAUGGGUUGACAUCAAGACAGACGUCUGUCAGUUAACUCAAGAAGUAGUCAUUGGAUCAGUAGCAGCGUGGCUUGAACAGACAAAUGACUCCAUAUUGAGCAUUGAAGUCGCUUUUCAACGUGAUCUCACUCAAACUUCGAAUCAGGAUUUAAUUGCGACAACGAGAAUUGAUAUACUGAAAGGGGAAGAUUUCCGUCCAAUGAACAGAGGUAAACAUAUGUGGAAUGGUGAGGAUCAGAAGAUGAUUGAAAAAAUGCAAAGGAAGAGACCAGAAGUUAAACAGAAGGCAACGGUUGGAUUGGUUAAAGAAUCUGUUGAGAAGACGAAAUCCAAAUCCAAAUCAAUAUCUAAUGAACCUGAGAAAAAGAAAGGAGAAGAUAAAUCCAAGAAAUGGUCGGAUAAAGUUGAGAAGAAAGUUGCUGUGAAAUGGGAAAUUCCAUCAGCCGAGUACUAUCCAGUCCGAUAUGAUGAGCGAAUCAUUCGUAAUCCAACUGCCAAGAAGCAAUGCGCUGAAUUACAAACUGCUCAAGAAGCUCCAGCAAUUCGUGAGAGAGGAGAUGCGAAUGAUCGUACGGAUCAAGAUUGUCUCACUCAUCCACGGGAUUUGCAUUCAUCGAAAGAAUCACUGGCAUCACAAGGAUCAACUCAAAGAGAUAGUUCACCAGAGAGAAAACAAGAAAUGCCAGUAGAACCACCACCUGUGAAACCAAUAGAAGAGAUUGUUCCGGAGAAAAUUCCAGAGAAAAUUCCAGAAAAAGUUCCAGAAGAACCGAAAAAAGAAGAAGAGGUUAAGAAAGUGGAAGAAGUGAAGAAAUUAGAAGAGGUGAAACCGGAGGAACCGAAAAAAGAAGAGCCAAAGGUUGAAGAAGUCGUGAAGAAGUUAGAAGAGCCUCCGCCAAAGGUUGAAGAGAUCAAGAAAGUAGAGGAACUGAAGAAAGAAGAAGAAAUUAAAAAGGAAGAACCACCGAAAAAAGAAGAAGAAGUUCUGAAGAAAGAAGAACCGAAAAAAGAGGAUCCUCCUAAGCAUAUAGAAGAAAAGAAAGAAGAAAAGAAGGAAGAAAAGAAGGAAGAACCGAAAAAGGAUGAACCGAAAAAGGAGGAUCCUCCUACAAAGAUAGAAGAAAAGAAAGUAGUUGAGGAAAAGAAGGAAGUGACAAACAAAGAACCUCCGGUGGUGGUUGUUGAGGAGAAGAAACCGAAAAAGAAGAUCCAGAUGAACGUGAAACGGUUUCCGGAUAUGGGAGAUCUCACGAUUCUAUCGGAAAACAAUGGAAUGGUCACCUUCAGUUGCUCGACGAGACAUCGAAACAAGAAGGCGAAAAAGAGUGAAAAGUGA